AUGACUUACACCAUGCCGACAUCCACUGGACCAUCGACAUCCAAAAGUCUUGCACCUCCAUCAUCAACCCCAGUUCGCCAGCUACGAAACCGUUCUCCACAGCAACCAUCGCCCGGUUUUGUCUUAACAGGGUCAGACUCACGACGUAGGAUCACAAGAGAGGGCAGUAACCCUGCCUCUCAUCCUACUACGCCUGUCUCUACUUCAAAAGACUCUGCAAAACGAGGCCGGGAGGAGGCCAACAACGACGAGCCUGAUCUGAACGUCACAAAGAAACGAAAAACAGUACCCAAGCCCAAGGGUACCAAAGACAAAGGAGUACCUACUGUGGUCAAUGUUGAUCAGGACUCCUCUGGAGACGAGAACGAGGCUGUCGAAACCCGACCGGGCCACCGAGGCGAUGUCAAGGAGCUUAUGAGGUACUAUGGAGCUCCCAAGCAUUACAAAGACGAGGUAAGUAGUUAA